GCCAGUUCCCGGCCGGUUUCAGUCGACAACCAACCAUCGUGACGAGUGGUUGUAUCAAUUUUGACAUCACUUAACACGAUACGAUGACAAUUAGUGUUUGUUUUUAUAAAUGAAAUUGUGCUCACGUGAUUAUUUUAUAAGUGUUUUAUAUUGGAUUCUAUUGGAUUUGUAUUUGAAAUGUCAGCGAAUACGUUCAUAACGUCCGAAGAUGUCAUUCCUGACUGCAAAGAUCGUAUAUUGGAGAGGGACGCCGGAUUCGUCUCCGGAGGCGAUGAUGACGACUCCUGCUCCGGCCCGGCGCAUUCCGACGACUCGGGGGUCAGAUUGGUGGAGUCCGACCUUAGGAAGAGACAACACACUCCGACUCGCCUCCAACCACCAAAGAAACGCAUCAGACUAAGUUCGAGGGAAGACCUCACCAGCCCGGAAAGCGAAGCCCCCACCAGCCCCUUCAGACCGUGGUCCUUCACCGAGGAACCUCAAAGAGAACCUCUGUCUCUGGUCAAGAAGAGCGAAACCAGCCUAUUAAGGCAGAGGCGGAGGCCGUUAGAACCGCCGCCCCCGCCCGCACUUAAACCGAUCGAAUCAAGGCCAGGACCACCUCGAGUGCCUCCACAUCCCGGUGUGGUGGACUUCCCCGAUAAAUCAAAACCGAGAGAACAAAGGAAUUACAAGAACAUGACACGCGAGAGGCGGAUAGAGGCCAACGCUAGGGAGCGGACGAGGGUUCACACGAUAAGCGCUGCCUUCGAUACACUGCGGCGAUCCGUGCCCUCGUACAGCCACAACCAGAAGCUGUCCAAGCUAUCGGUGCUGCGGAUAGCGUGCGCGUACAUCGCCGCUUUAUCAGCGGCCACCGAGCCCGGGGCUGAACUGGCGGAGGUAGUGGAAAAGGUGACGCAUACUAUACACACUGAGGGUAAAUUGAGAAAAAAGAAAGAUGACCCUUGAAGUGAUGAUGGAAAAUAUCGUUCACUCUUCACGGCUUACCGUCCUCGUGGCCUACGGAAGUACAAAUACGACAAUAAUUUUCUAUAUUGUAUCUUUCUAUGGCUGAAUCUCACUGGUCUGUUACCUGACGGUACGAAAUUGUUCCUCAGACAUCGGGUUUUCAUCAUACAAACCCAGUAUUACCCGUUUUAAUAUGUAUGUUUCUUUGGCUUUAAUAUAUUUAUUAAAAAUCGAGUCAAUAAUUUUAAGUCAGAAUUGUAUAUUUAAAUAGUUUAGUUACUAUACUGUACUUUAUGUAAAUAUUAGGAUUACAUUUAGUUGAUAUUGUUUUAGUAUAUAUAUUUUAAGAAUGGAUACUUUUAUGGGGCACUUGUAAAAUGGACUGUCAGAAACUAUUACGGAUAUUUAUAGGUAGCGUUUGAGAGUGACAUAAAAUCAACGUCACAUUGUCGCCAUUUUGUCAUUACGCCAUUACGGCGCGACCGUCCAUUGUAAUGCCUUAACAUUUAUUGUGAUACGAUGUAGAAACUAAAGCGUUAGAAAGUCAAUAAAACGAAAGCAUUUAAUCUUUUAUAGCAGAUUAUUAAUAUUGUAAAAAAUAUAGUGUACCUAUGUAAUUGAAAAUUGCAAAAAGUUUUGUUAUGUCACUGACAUUCCAUUGUUGAAAAUAUAACACAUAGAUAACACAAUUAACGCCAAAACAGAAAUAAAGAAUAUUAAAUUGA